GAGCAUGCAGACUUCAUUAAGAGAAGACUUUGUAUGGAUGUUUCUGAUGACAGCAUGCUGUGCAGGAAGUGUCGUCACAUGUGUGAAACAAAAUCAACAAGGAAUACUAUUUGUGACAGCCCUGAGCCAAACAAAAUGCCAAAAACAUCAUCAAAGCAGAGUGUGCAGAGUCCACCUUCAGUAAUACUGUCCAUUCCAAGUACCUCUAAGAGCCACGCCAACUGUGUCAUCUGUAAAAAACCGGGGCCAAAGCUAGUGGUAGUUCCAGAAAAUACUCGUUUAAAUGUAUUCAUCCAAAAAGAAACAUUUGUUCCACCUGGUUCUAGAUGCUGUCCUAAGCAUAUUUCUGAUGGAGAGUUCAACACUGAGGCAUUACAUCUGCUGAAACAAACCAGUUCUGUCUCAAAUGUUAACAGGACCACCAUUGUAGGAGUUUUAAGACAAACCAGGGAGGUAGCUAUCCAGAAUCAGAACAAGAGACUGAAUUUUGAUGAUUCACAUGGAAUGGAAAGUGAAGAUUACUACAAUCUCACAGGAAUUACAAAGGAUCAGUUUGAUGAAUUGAUGACGUAUUUGGUGGAGACCGACUUAAGAGCAUCCAAGAAUAGAAGUACCAGAACAUGUGUGGCGUUAUUGUUGACAAAACUCAGAUGUGGUUUGAGUAAUCAACUACUUGGAACCUUAUUUGGCAUGAAAAAAUGGCAGGUUCGACGUGCUGUUAUAUCUGCAAAAAAUGCUUUGAUGGGUGAUUUUGUGUCAAAGCAUUUGGGGUUUUCUCAUAUAACAAGGGAGGACGUCAUUAAUCACCAUACUCGUCCCCUUGCCAAGGAACUCCUUUGCAGCAUGACAGAAAAUCCAGCCAUUCUUGUUCUUGAUGGAACAUACGUCCUUAUCUGGCAGAUUCCAAAAAUUCUGAUGCAAAGAUAUUAA